AUGGACCUGGGAAAGGCAAAGCUGCUGAGAACUGGCCUCAAUGCUUUAUAUCAAGCUAUCCACCCUGUGCAUGGAAUUGCCUGGACAGAUGGGAAGCAAGUGAUACUGACUACUUUAUACUAUCAAAAUGGAGAGCUGAAGUUUGGAGACUCAAGCAUUGUUGGUCAAUUUGAACAUGUGCAUGGGCUUUACUGGGGCCCAUGUUGCUCUACAGAUACCCCAGCUCUGCUCGCUGUUCAGCACAAGAAGCAUGUAAGCAUUUGGCAGCUGGUCUACAGCAGUGCAGAGAAGAAAAAGCCCUUGAUUUCUCAGACUUGUGAAGUUGGUGAGCCAUUUCCACUGCUUUCUCAGGGCUGUGUCUGGCAUCCAAAGAAGGAGAUCUUGGCUGUACUUACAAAACGAGAUGCUUCAGUCCUGCAUGCUGUUCGAACUGACAACACGCGGGUUAAGGCAGAGAUCAAAAGCAGCGGACUCAUUCACUGUGCUUGCUGGACUAAGGAUGGUAAUCGUUUAGUAGUUGCUAUAGGCAGUGCCCUGCACUCCUACAUAUGGGAUAAUGCUCAGAAAACUCUAAAUAUCUGCUCCUUUUGCCCAGUUUUUGAUGUGGGAGGUUAUAUCUGCGCUAUAGAAGCCACUCUGGAUUUCCAAAUUGCUGUAGCUACUGAGCUUCCUUUAGAUAAUAUCUGUGGUUUCAAUGCAGGCAUUGCAUUUGAUGUGCCCUCAGGUACAGAAGCUGGCUCUUUAAUCUCACAGUCUGCUUUGGUGCUCGGUGAUGAGGAAUACUCCAUGGACACACGAAGAAAGUCCAUAGAUUCAGAUAGAUCAGGUGUUGAUUCAGUUGCUUCUUCUUCAUCAGGUCCUGUGGAUUUGACCCAUAUCCUUGCAAACCACCGUCGGUCUGAUCCCAGUCCUCUCAUUACUCUGAAACGCAAAGACUCUGCAGCAACAAAUGGUCAAGAUUCUUCUCACUUGAUCUUGGUGACUUUUGAGAGGAAGGUAACGACCACCAGAAAAGUCACCAUCCCAGGUAUUCUGGUUCCUGAUAUAAUGGCUUUUGACCUUAGAGCUCAGAUUGUGGCAGUAGCCUCUAAUACUUCUAAUAUUGUUCUGGUGUAUUCAGUAACCUCUUCCUGCAUGCCUCACAUUCAACAAAUCCAGCUGGAAAAAAAUGAAAGACCAAAGGGCCUAUGCUUUUUAACAGAUAAACUCUUAUUGAUUCUAAUUGGCAAGCAGAGGUUCCCUGAGCCUAAUCUUAUUCCAUCUUCAAGUUCAGACAGGUAUGUAAUGCGUCUUAUGGUCAAAGAAUUGAUGCUGGAAGAAAAUUCUUCAGCAUUGCCUGAGACUAAGCAAAAUAUGUUCUAUAACUUUGAAUCCUCUGUUAAUAUACCUGGAAGAAGAAAAUUCUUUGAGAAUCUUGCCACAGAAGACCAGCCUCAAAGCAGGGAGUUGUUAAUACCUAGAAGCACAGUUAUUCAGUCUCCAAGUGGCAGGAGAAGACUCAUUGAAGAAGUAAAGAGCCCUAGUUAUGAGCAGAGCCCUUCAUCAAGUGUGAGUGACCUGGAUGAAAAAAGGCUCCCAGGUGACUCCUUGGUGGCCUUGGAAACAUUGGAUGCUGAACCUACAAAUCGCUCAGUGUCUCUCCGUGGUUUUAGAUCACCUAGCAGGAUUUCCAGCAGACCAACAUCCCCUAAAGUGCAGUUCAGUGUGAUCCAAGAAGCAUCAAAUUCUCCUAAAAACAACAAUUUGCCAAGCGAAAGGGGAAUGAGUCACAUAUCUAGAAAUCUAGAGAGACUUUGUGGCAGUUUCAAUGAGUUACAGCUGAGCCUUUCCGAAAUAACGGACUUCGCUAGGAACGGGAGGAGGAUAUCUUUAGCCUACCCAUGCUCCCAGGAACCGCCUGUUGUGCAUGUCACUUACCAGAAAAGCUUUUCAAAUGGAUCAGUUACUGAAGAAACAAAAGAUGUUCUCCUCUGUGAUGGCAAGAUCCAUUUGAGUUUAGUCCAGCAGCUGUUUGAUCUGCCUGUUAUUGAAAUGAAACACGGCUCUUCUUGGAUUGUGCUCACUGCAGACAAGGACGGCUUUGUGCCAUUAAUAUUCAAAGCCACACAAGAGAUAAUCAUAAGGGAUGGAACUGACAGUUCAGAAGUCUGUGGAGGUCACUCCCACAAAAAAAGCAUCCCAAUGCGACCACCAAGCAGAGUGACAUAA